AUGCAAAAUAAAUCAAAAGCCAAUAAACAAAAUAGCAGGGAGGGAGUAAACUGCCGGUAUCACGCACUUCAAAUAAACCUACAAAGAAGUCAAACAGCCACGACAGAAUUAAUAAUAGAAGCAGAAAAAAGAAAAAUAACAUUUGCAAUAAUCCAGGAGCCCUACGUUGGAAGAAUAGGAGAAAUAAAACAAUACAAAGGGGUCAGAGUGCUCCAAUGCGCAAGAAAAACUACAGAUACAGUUGUCAAAUCUGUCAUAAUUAUAUUUAACGACACCAUCAAUAUCUCCCAAUACCCGGCUCUAACGACUGAGAACUUCGCAGUGACAAAGCUGAGAACUGGAGCCUGGGAGAUAGGAGUGGUGUCUGCGUAUCUGGAAGGAGAUAAACCACUAGGGCCCUAUCUUGAAACAAUAAAACACGCCAUACAAGGAUUAGGAACAAAAAGUGUGAUAGUGGCAGGAGACGUAAACGCUUGGAAUACAUGGUGGGGAAGUAGGGAAACAAAUGAAAUAGGAGAGGAGAUAGCAGCAUUUCUAGAUCAACACGAACUACACAUAUUAAAUACAGGAACAGAACCCACCUUUGAUACAGUACGCGGAGACAGAAGGUACACCAGCUGCGUCGAUAUAACCACCUGCUCCACAACCCAUCUCGGACGAAUAGACUCAUGUCACCUAGAGAAAGAAAUGAUAAACUCGGACCACUUGGCAAUAUCAUUCGUAUUAAAAUUAGAAAAAUCCAAAGACAGCAUAACCAAUAUAUGUGAGGAUAUAUUUAGAAAAAUACCUAAAAAGAAAACCAUGACAUUGCCAUGGUGGACCGAAGAACUGGCAAACGAAAAGAAAGAACUACUACAAAAAAAGCGCAGAAUCUCAUGUGCAGCGCCUGUUCGAAGAGAAGGAGUGGUGAAGGAAUACCUUCAAGCGAAAGAGGAAUAUGAAAAGGAAAUAACAGCCCAAACGAUCAGCUGGAAGGACUUCUGCACAAAACAAGACGGGGAAUCCAUGUGA